AUGGAUUUAGCCCACGAAUCGCCCAAGCGCCUCCAUAAGCCUCCCCUAAGCGGACCCUUUCGAGAAGCUGCCUUCGAUUAUGGAUUUAUCCAGGCAGAUCUCAAUAGCAACACCUGCUACUACCUCGUUUACCAGGCCCUCAAGGAAGCCCUCGACAGACGAGCUCCACGAUGCUGGGUCAAGAUCAACCGUCACGAGGUCCACAUCACCAACCAGAAUCAGCCCUUUGAAGAAGUGACCAUCUUCACUGACGACAUCGUCAGCUACUACAAGUUUGACUAUGGAUUUAAAUUCGUCGCGCUCUGCAUUGACGCGAAUAAGCGCGAGAAAACUGGCUACUGGUUUAUCAACUUCGACAACCGCCAACAACUCGUAGACUUUUGCAUCUACCUGACUUGGAUUUUCAGUCAGGAUGCGGGAUACGAGACGUCUGAGAAGGGCAGUGUGAGCUAUUGCGGACGAAAGCUCGUUCACGGACGUGCCAACCCAAUUCCACUCAUCAAGUGUUGGUGCUGCGGGUCAAUUGUGAUUGCAUCGAAGCCCGACGCAGCCAGUUCAAACGACAGCGGAUUCGAGGAAAACCAGCUGGUGAAACCAGGCGUGCUGGUUUCCACUCCACCUCCUUCCCUACCCACAAGAUUCGAACAUCCUCGUUAUUUCAGUCACACAAAAAGGCACUUCAGGAGGUGGUGA